CUAUGUAGGUACGCGUUUUAUUGCUCAGGUGUUUUUUUUUUCUUUCGUGGAAGUUGAAAGUUCUCAAUUCAUCUUGUAUUUGUAUAUCGAGUUACUUAGGUACCUAUACGAAUUACCUACAAUAUAUUCCAAAAAGUUUAAAUACAUAUUGAUUUAAGAAUCCUUUGUACUACCAGCUGAAAAUGGAUAUACAUGGCACCUCCGAAAUAUACACUACUCAUAUAGACGAAUAUCCUAAUUGGAUUGUCUGUGAACCGAUUUUCGAAUUAGAGUAUUUACUUGACAUUUUCCUACGUUACCAGUCGUUGUGUUUUAUAUUGAAAUAUAACUAUAGGUCAAAGCACUGUGAAACUGUAUCUGUGUUGAUUUCCAAUUUUAAAUAUGGGUAAAAAAGACAAACAGAAAACUGAUGGAGCCAAAUCCAACGGAAGCUUGACUAAUUCACGAAAACGAGGAAGUAAACUAAGAUCGAGUCUUUUGCUUUCCCAAUUAGCUUCACCUCAUUACUCUCUGACGCAGGUGGAAAAAAUAUUUUUACUUCAUGCUGAACGGGGUGACUGUGCUUCAGUACAAAAAAUAAUCGAUCAAUAUAAAGACAAGCCACCAGAAUUCAAUAUAAAUUGUUUAGAUCCGUUGAAUCGUAGUGCUCUAAUUAUUGGCAUCGAGAAAGAAAACAUAGAUUUGAUAAAUUUACUAUUAGAAGCAGGAAUCCAAGUUAAGGAUGCACUUUUACACGCAAUCAACGAAGAAUACGUCGAUGGAGUGGAAAUAUUAUUACAAUGGGAAGAGAAAAGUCAUAUUGAAGGACAGCCAUACAGUUGGGAAUCGGUGGAUAAAUCAUCAUCUGGUUUCACAAUAGACAUCACACCUGUAAUAUUGGCAGCGCAUAAAAAUAAUUACGAAAUACUGAAAUUAUUACUAGACAGAGGAGCAACUUUACCAGUUACUCACGAUGUUAGAUGCGGAUGUGACGAAUGCGUCAGUAGCAAAGAACAAGACUCUUUGAGACAUUCGCAGUCAAGAAUAAACGCUUAUAAAGCUCUAACAUCACCUUCGUUAAUAUGCCUUUCGUCCAGAGAUCCUUUAUUAACAUCCAUCGAGCUCUACGCCGAAUUAAAAAGACUCGAAUUAACUGAAGCCGAAUUUCGAGUCGAAUACAACGCAAUGAGACACACUGUGCAGACUUUCGCUACAGCUUUGCUAGAUCACGCUAGAACUUCCAGCGAAUUGGAAAUCAUGCUGAAUUAUGAUCCAGAAGGCGACCCUUGGGAACCAAAUGAUCGCCAGACACUCGCCAGACUGAAACUUGCCAUUAAAUAUAAGCUCAAGAUGUUUGUUGCUCAUCCGAACGUACAACAAUUGUUAGCUUCGAUUUGGUACGAAGGACUUCCAGGAUUCCGCCGAAAAAAUAUGUUUUAUCAGCUACUCGGCGUAUUGCAAAUUGCUUUUUCAUUCGUACCCCACAGUAUCGCUUACAUGAUAUGCCCUUCUUCCUCGUACGGUGGUUUCUUAAGGAAACCUUUUGUGAAAUUUAUUUGCCACUCUGCGUCUUAUGGAUUUUUUUUAGGUUUACUCGCUCUAGCAUCUCAAAGGGUGGAAAGUCUAUGUUACGAAUUACUUUUCCAAGAUUUUGCAACAGAAUGGACGAGAAAAGAACGAGGUGCUCCGCCUGGUAUAAUUGAAUCUAUGAUCAUUGUCUAUAUUAUCAGCUUGGUUUGGAAAGAAAUGAAAGCUUUAUACGUUGACGGUUUGUUUGAAUAUUUAAACGACUUAUGGAAUAUUUUAGAUUAUAUUUCAAAUGUAUUCUACAUUACGUGGAUUUUCCUAAGAUUUACAGCUUUCUACGUUGUUUCGCUUGAGUAUUCUCAAGGUUUUGACCCUUGGUAUCCUAGGGAUCAAUGGGAUAAAUUCGAUCCUCAUAUGUUGUCCGAAUGUGCUUUUGCAUCUGGUAUGAUUUUAAGUUUCAUGAAAUUAGUGAACAUAUUCAGUAUCAAUCCACAUUUAGGACCUCUGCAGAUAUCCUUGGGAAGAAUGAUCAUAGAUAUAAUUAAAUUCUUCUUCAUUUAUACCUUGGUAUUGUUUGCAUUCGGAUGUGGAUUGAAUCAACUGCUGUGGUAUUUUGCUGGUUUAGAAGAAGCCAAGUGUUACCAUAAUAACGAUGGUAUACCAGAUUUCGAAGACGCUGACAAAGCUUGCACGAUAUGGAGAAGAUUUGCCAAUUUAUUCGAAACAUCGCAAUCUUUAUUCUGGGCGAGUUUCGGAUUGGUUGACCUGACAGCUUUCGAUUUAACCGGAAUCAAAAGUUUUACUCGAUUUUGGGGUUUAUUAAUAUUCGGAUGCUAUUCAGCUAUCAAUAUAAUCGUACUAUUAAAUAUGCUAAUCGCCAUGAUGUCUAAUUCUUAUCAAAUCAUAUCUGCAAGAGCUGACAUGGAAUGGAAAUUCGCCCGCAGUAAAUUAUUCAUUAGCUUUUUCGAAGACGGAGAUACUGUCCCGCCACCGUUCAACUUAUUUCCAACUUUUAAAAAUAUAGAACAUUUAUUUUCUUAUAAGAAAAAUAAAAAAACAGCUUCGAAAACGAGAAAAAUGGAAAUAAAUCGAGAAAAAGCGGAUCUGCGAUACGAUAUCAUCAUGCAAUUACUUAUCAGAAGGUACGUAACGGUAGAGCAGAAAAAAAUGGAAGAAUUUUCCGUCACCGAAGACGAUAUAGCCGAAGUACGUCAUGACAUAUCCACCUUAAGGUUCGAGUUAAUGGACGUCUUCAGUCAGAAUAAUUUCAAAGUACCGAAAAUAUCCAGACACGAGAUAACUCCCGCUCAAGGGAAAAAAGAACGUAUUAUGGAAAGACGUAUUAUUAAAGAUUUUCAAAUAGGUAUCGUCGAAGGCGUAGUCAAUGAAAUUAUCUCUACCGAAAAAGUUACUAAAAAUAUAUUCGGUAAAAUUGCCAAAGCAAUCGGACGAGCCGAUUCGAAAAAGAGAGAUUGGAAUGCUUUAGUUAGACAUAGCAGUAUAGUUCAUGAUCCAAUUGGCAGUACAAGCGAAGCUGAAAGAAAGCUGCGUCAGCAAAGCGUCAGAAGGUAUAUUUUAGAACACCAAGGACCCUCGUUGAUGGACAUGGAUCCGGAAAAAUUAGUCGAAUAUAAUCCACAGCUGGCUGAAAUCAAUCCUACAGCUCGUAUCGCUUAUGCUAAAUUCAAAAUGUCAUUGAUCAAGCAAGAGUACGAAGGCAUUCGAGGAGUAUCUAUGGACGAAGGUUUAUUAGAUCAAGCAGGCAGUUUGACACCUAAAGGUAGUCAGUACAGGAGGCAAGAUUCGAUCAUUCGACCACGACCUAAAAGUUCAAGUAUGAAAUUACGAGACGCCGAACCAGGCAAAUUAAAAUCAGAAGGUAUUGUACCUGCAUUGCAAGGCAAACAUAGGGAAUCUCUUCUGCACAGUUCGAUCAAGGAAGAAGCUCCUUCAACGUCUCGUGCCGCAAAACCUUCAGCUCCAAGUGAAGCUAAAGGUGAAAAACCGAAGAAGAAAGAUGAAGUUGUUUUGACUGUCGAACAUCAUCCUCAUCCUCCCCCUCCCCCUACGUUUGUUAAAGGGAAACCUAGGGAUGGCAGGUGGUUAUAAAUAUUGUAUGGAAGGACAAGGAGUAAUAAUAUGAAAAAUAAUUCGCGAACUGUUCCAAUACAAAAGUUUUGGUUUUCGAACGAUUAAAAAAAAAACGCAAGAACAAUAUAAAAAAUUAACAAAGUUUCGUUUUAUUUAAUUUUUCGUAAUACAUACUUCGUUUUCAUGGUAAGAAAUGUGUAAACAAGGAUAAAUUUAUCGUAACAUUAAAUUACAUGUACAAGAAACUUUUCAAGUAUAUAGAUCAUAAUCUGAAAAAA